AUGAUUUAAAGGGUAAGUAAAUAACUAACUUGUUUAAUCACAAUUUCAUUAUGCAUAAAAUUUAUUUUUACUUAAAGUGGGUGCAAUAUCAGCUAUUGCUAAUAAUGCGAUGCUUUAAAUUUAAAUUGCGUUUAGUGUUAAGCUGAUUUUAUAUUAAAUCCUUCAAGUAAUAUUUGCCAGUCUAAAUGCCUUUUUGGAACUUACUACGACUUUAAUCUAAGCUUAUGUAUUCCUAUUUGUAACAAUGGAUAAGCUUAAGAUGAAACUCACAGAGUAUGUAUUCAAACGUAGGCUUGUCAUAGCUUAUAAUCGCCAAAUGGUGUGGUCUAUAAAUAUAAUAAAAUUGCAUAAAUUUACAAAAACUAUGUGAUAGUCAGCGGCUCUGAAGAUAAUACAAACAACUCAAAUACUUUAAGCUUAUUCUCUUAUGAUUUAAUAACAAGUACAGUUCUUUCUCAUUUAGGAUACUUAAGCUAAAAUGGAGGACCAAUUAUCUUUUUUCAUAUUUCAACAAAUUCUUAAAAUCAAGACAUUAUAUACUCUUUUAGUAGAACAUCAAUUACUGCAUUUGAAUUAAAUUCAGGAAUCUAAAUUAAUUCUUACACUCUUUUGAAUGGAUUUUUUGUGGACUCUUCUACUUACUACAUAGAUGAUAAUUACUUAAUUAUGUUCUACUAUAGAAACUAGCAAUUCGCGGUCUUAUAAUACCAACAGUAAUUAAGCAAUAAUUGCAGUUCCUAAUAGUGCCUAAUUACAUUUUAGAGAGUUCACAUCAAUUCUAUUCUAGGUUUCAUACUAGAUAGUUAGGGAAAUAUCAUAUCAUAUGCCCCAGAUGGAAUGAUUAUAUAAUGGAAUAUUUAGAAUUAAACUUAUCAAACUAUUCUUUCAAAUCAAAACUAUGAAAUAUCAAGUCUAUGUCUCUCUAUAAUUUAGCAAAACUAAUAAAUAUUUUCAUUUUCUACUUAAUAUGAUAGUAAAAAUUAAGUAUACAUAAAUGCGAAUAAUAAAGUAAAUUCCUUCUAAUUAGGAUUUUCAUCUCCUAUCCUUGAAAUAUUAGAUUACAAUCAAUUAAUUUAAUCUAGUUCUAAUAAUAUGAAUUCGUACUCAAUAAUAAUUAUAAGAAGCUCUUCUCAACUAAUGCUAGUAAAAUUUUAAUUUGGUUAGUAAAUAACAACUUAGAAUUUGUUAUCAGUUUCAAUUAAUCCUAUUAUAACUAAAGCAAUUAAAGGUUAUUUUUAUUUGGUACUUUAAGCUAAUGGCAUAUAUUCAAUAAACCAAAGUAAUAGCUAAUACUCAUUAUAGUUAAUAAACUCAAUUUAGCUAAGUAGCUUUAAUUAUAUUAAUGAUGUAGAGCUUUUUAAAUUAAACAAUACCUAAUCUGGGUUUAGUUUUCUUUUAGUAGCAAAAUAGUUAAAGAUCAUUAUCCCAUAAGCUUAAUCUACCUUAGAUCCAUAUAGUGGAAUAGAAUAAUAAGUAAGUCCCUCUUACUAGCAACAUAGCAAAGGGGUAAAUGGUGUUUGGUAUGAUUCAACAUUAAAUGUAUAUCUAAGUUUUAGUCAAGAUGGGUCAUUUGCAGUUUGGGAUAUUUUUAUGUAUAAUAUAUUUAAAAUAAAACCUCUAUUCUUCGUAUUUCCUUCUUGGUGUUAGCAGUAUUAAACCUGUUCUACAAGCAUAGUCAAUGCAUAAUUGUUUUAAACUGGAAUAUUUAUAUGCUAAUAUUCCAAUUCUGUCAUAAUAUCUUGGAAUUACAACAGGAUUUAAGCAUCUGUUAGAUAAACAUAUAUUAUGUAAAAUAAGAAUGAUAUUAUUUAACAAUUUAAGAUGUUUGGCUUGAAAUAUCUCUACUUUUGUAAUACUAAUGAAAUAAGAAUUUAUGAUUUUUCAUAAAGCGAAACUAAUAUAAUUAACAGUAAUUAUCAAUUUAUUUAAGAUUAUCUAAUUAAAAUCGAAUUAGGGUACGAUAAUAAUAACCUGUACUUGAUUGAAUUAGCCAGAUAACAAAGUGGUUAAUAUAUAUUAAGACUGAGAAAAACAGAUUAAUAUUUUUCAUAAAUUAAUUUAAUUAACUUACCAAGAAUAGCAGUAGAUUUGUAAUUCCAUUAACAAAAUUAAAGAGUCUUUGUAAAUGUAGAAUAGGAUUUAAUAUGGGCAUUUUACUUUCCCUCAUUGUGGAGAAUUAAUCUGUAUAGCGUUGGAAAUACAAACUAUUGGCUUCAUACAUUUUGUUAUUCUUGGUAAACUGAUUAGUUAAUUACAAUUAACUAAAAUGGCUAAAUGGUUCUCUGGAAAUUUGGAUAUGAUUUCUAUAAUUAUUAUGUUGUUCUACUACAACAAAUCCCACUACCAAGAUCAAAUUAUUAACUUUUAGAAUAAAAAUAAAUUUUAGCAUCAAAUCAAGGGUUUGUUAUGUUUUAAAACUCUGAAUCUUAAUUUAUUGACAACCAAGUUAUAGGUAUGGAUUACACUUAUUUGAGGCCAUGUUUUGUUUAUCCAUUUAAAAAUGAAAUUAAUGCUAUUUAUAUUUCAAAUGAUAAUACCCUCUUUGUUUCAUUCACCAGCGGAGACAUAUACUUUACUCAAUAUUCCUGCUCAAUUUAGUAAUAUGCAUAUGGAUAGGCUAAUACUACUUAAAUUAUUCAUAACCAAUAUUUAAGAAAGUCAUAUAUAUUUUAGAAAAAUUAGAUGAUUGUUAUCGAUUAUUAUAACUAGAAUGUUAAUUACAUUAAUUAUCCUCACUAACUAAAUACUUAUCAAGCCCUUGAAGAUACUUAAAACAAUUUCCUAGUCACAUAUUCAUAAGAAUAGUCUACAAAUCUAUAUAAAUAUUCCAUGUAAACUAAUACUUACGUUUAGUUUCUAAAUGGGCAUCUUUACUCAGUUAACUAUGCAUUUUUAGAUAUUAAUAAUGAUAUUCUAAUCAGUUUUUCAAGUGAUCCAAGAGAUUUAAACUUAAUUUUAUGGCAAUAUAGCAACACUAUCUAAAUAAUAUAAUUUAAUGAUAUUAAAAAGCACAUUUCUACUAACUCAUAAAUAUAAAUUGUAAAUUUAUUACUAUACAAGUAAUAAAAUCUGGUUUAUGCUCUAUUAUCUGAUGGAAUGAUGUUUUACUUUAAUUAUCUUCAAAAAACAGUAAACUUCUUAUAAAUAGAUCCAGGUGCUAUAAAUUUUUGGAUUGACGAGACCUACGGAAACGUUUUCAUUUUAUUAAAUUCAAACGCUUUGUAAGUUAGAACCAUUAAGACAUUUUAAAUAAUUGCAUAAGUAAUAUUUACCUAGAAUGUAAAUAACCCUUAAAACAUUAUGUACUCAAAUAAUUAUGUUUUUGUGUUUCUUUCAAAUGCUCAUUCUAUUGUGAGCAGAACAAAGUUUAACCAGAUCUAAUAAAUAGAUUGCUCUUUUUAACCUUGCCUUGAUGCAUGCUUCUCUGAAAAAUUAGACUAAUUAUUCCUUUAUUCCUCUUAUUAAAGUGAUUCAAUAUAUGUCUAUUAAGCAAUAUCUGGAUAAUUACUAUAUUCAAUAUAUGGAGUAUCGGAUCUAAACAAAGGAUAAAUAAGCUCGGUGAUAAUUGAUGAUGAUGACUAUUUGCUGAUUAUUGGGAAAUUAGACAAUUUUAUAUCAGUUUUUUUUAACUAUUAUACAAAACAAGAAGUAGGUUAUUUCUAUGAUGCAAUCGUAUAAUAUAAAUACAGUAAAUUUAUACAAGAGUUGAAUGUUUUCUUUCUGUGUCAAUUCUACAAUUUUGAGCCAUUCUCUAUUCAAAAUAUGAUAACAAGUACAUUUUAAACUUAGAGCUUUUACAUCCUAAAAUGGAUAGAUUACUAUACAGACUCGAAAAAUAACAUAUAUUACGUUGAUGGUAGCAAUACUAUGAGAAAGUAUAAUUAAUAAUCAAACUAAAUCUCUAUUAUAACUCAACUUCAAAACUAUAGACAGAUAUACUACUAUAAUGCAACCGUUUUUAUUUUGUAUUAUGAUUAAUUAGUAAAACUUAAUGAUGAUCUAAGUUAAAUAUAAGGAAUAAAUCCUUAUAAAAUGAACGGAAGCGAUAUUCUAGGAAUAUUUGGAGGAUAUAUUUAUAUUCAAACAUUUUAAUUUUAAAUACUUAAGCUAGAUAUAAUUAAUUUAUCAUUAAAUUAUACUAUUCAAAAUAAUGCUUUGAUUUAAAAAUAUUCGUUUGUAACAUAAAAGCAAGAGCUUUUAUAUAGUACACAAGCUAAUGGCUUCUUCCUUUACAACUAUAAUACUAAUAAAUUAUUAAACUAAUUUCCAGAUUCAUGGGGUUACUAUACUUUUAACUAUGAUUUAGAUUUUUAAUUUAUAGUGCUAGGAUCAAUCUAUAAAAUAGAUUUUUAUCCUUAUCAAUCAACAAACCCUGGUUUAAACACAACUAAAACGGUUUCUUUAGAUUUUACAAAAAAAAUUGAUUAUUUCUGGAUGGAUUUUGGUUAUUUAAAAUUUUAUGUUAUUUAUAAGGCAGACAGAAAAAUAGAUAUUUAUUAAAUGAUUGUAUAAUAUUAGCAAAGUAAUGUUUAAAUAAAUUAUAUUUAUUAUAUUCCAACAUUCCCAAAUCCGCAAUCUGUAUAACUUGACAUUUAAGGUAAUUUUACUAGAGUAAUGCUACCAUGGUCUAUUAACUAUUAUAGAAGAGAUAAUCACACGCUUUUGAUUUCUAUAUAGGAUUAAGCAUAUAUAUAAAGUAUCAGACAAUUUAUUAAUGAUCCAAAUUUUCCAGAAAUAGUCUUUCUACCCUAAAACAAUUUUCUAUCUGUUGUUUAUUAGAAUCAAACAACAUAUAAAAUGAAAUUACUUAUAAAACUCACUUUAACAUACCCAAAAAUAUUAAACAUUUAAAUAUCUAAAUCAAGCACUUAAUAUGGUAUUAAAUUAUUGCUUUUAGCAUCAGGAGAUAUUUGGAACUACAAUUUUAAUUUGGAUAUAAAUCAAAACUAAGUUAGUGUUACAAACUAAUAAUAAUGCUCUUUAUUUAUUAAUGAUCCCUCAAUAGGCUUCUAAGUAGAAAAUUAGCUUCUUUAACUAUAAAACUACUUUUAGGAUACAGGAAAUAUUUAAAGCUAACCUAACGUAGUUAUUUAAGGUGCAGAAUUCCUCUACUAUAGUGAUAUUAUGAAGCAAUUAAAAGCAUUAGUUGUUUAUUAAGGUGAUUAAACAGAUUCUCUACUAAUGCUUUAUAAUGAUUCAUUUUCUAAAAAUAGUCUUUAUACUAUGAAUAUAAAAAAUACUUUUAUUACUAUUAGUAAAUAAUCAACUACAAUAACACUCAAUCCAUAAACAAAUGAGAUAAAGCUUUAUAAUGUCACAAUAUCUUAAGAAUAGCCUAAUACACCAUCACAGGCUAGUAUUUUAAUAACAUAAGUUGAAAAUGCUCUUUUGUAAAACAUCAUAAUCUAAAAUAUUACAAUUUCUAAUAGUACAACUUUUUUAAACUUUAGCUCUACUACAAACUUAAAUAUUUAAAAUUUAAUGAUUAGUAAUGUCUAAAUGCAUAUCGAUUCAACUUUGAUUAGUUUUUAGUAAAUAACUAGCUUAUAAAUUAACAAUCUCACUUUACAAAAUGUUACUAUACUUACCGAUAAUUCAAACAACUCAAGUGCACUUACUAAUUAAAUAUUUAUUUUUGAUAAAGUUAAAUAGCUACAAUUAUUAAAUACUACUUUUAACAGUAUUAAAAGCUAAAUAAGGAGUGUGAUGUUUUAGUUGAUACAAAAUCUCGAAUGUACUUUUUAGGGAUUGUCAGUAGAUCAACUUUAUAAUGUAUAAUUUAUAAAAAAUCAAAACUAUGGUUCAAGUACUCAGCUUACUUAUAUUGAUACAUAAGACACAUUUUAUAUAACGAACUCUAAAUUCUCAAAUUAUUUUAGUGAUUUGGAUAGUUUAAUAUGUUAUUAAGGAAGCUUACUAAAUGUAUAAAAUACUACAUUCUAAAAUUCAAGCUGUAAAUCUUGCACUGGAACUGUUUUGUAAAUCUAAAGUAGUAGUUAGAUUCUAAUAAACUCCUCAACUUUUAAAAAUAAUAGCGGGUAUAAUGGAGGGGCGAUCUCCAUUUCAAACUGCUAAAAUUCUAAUAUAUAAAUAAAUUAAUCGAACUUUACAAGUAACUAUGCUGGAUUCAGUGGAGGUGCAAUAUACCUGAUGGAUUCAGAAAUUUAAAUGUAAUAAACUACUUUUACAAGCAACAUAGCUUUUAUAGGAGGAGCUAUUCGAUACUUGAUAUACAAACCACAAAUCUUUUACUCUUCACUCUUAAACAGUCAAGUACAAUUUAUUCAAAAUAAGGCUUAUAUUCAUAGUUAAAAUUGGGGAUCUUAUCCACAAUCUGUAAAUGUAAUUUUUAUUAAUUCAACAAGUUCUAGAGUUUUAACUACUAAAGCCUAUAGUUCUAAAAGAAAUACUAAUCAAAAUAGUCAUUUUGCUCUUGCAAAUAUAUAAAGUGGUGGCUUUUUAAAUUUAUCAUUUUAGUUACUAGAUGAAGAAGGUAAUAUAGUAGCUUAUGAUUACUAAAACUGUUUAAAUACAAUGUAUACCUAAGAUUUAUGUAAUGAAAUACAAAAAAUCAACAUCAAUUUAAUUUCAUAAGAUGAUUCAAAAAUGAGAGUGUUAGGUUCAUAUAUCACUAAAUAUUCAGAAUUUAUAACCUAAAAUAAAACUUUUUAAAUUAAUGGUAUCUAAUUAGUAGCAAACCCUCUUUCUAAUUAAACUAUGCUAGUUUAUGUCAGUGGAAUAGUAACAUAUAGUAGCAAUAUAUAGAUUUCAAACCCAUAUUAUGCACAAGUUUAGGUAGAAUUUAGGGAUUGUUUAAUUGGCGAAAUAAUUGAAUAGUCAAAUGAUUUUUAUGAAUGUACACCAUGCCCUUUUGGCACUUAUUCAAUAUAAAAGCCAGAAAUAAAUUAAGCUCAAAAAUGUAUUAGAUGCCCAUAAGAAGCUUAGUUUUGCUAGGAAAAUUAAAUGACUUUGAGUAAAGGCUAUUGGAAGAGCUCUAAUUCUUCAGAUAUUAUAUACCCUUGUACUUAAUCAAACAAUUGCGAAGGUAAUUAAACAACAAAUUAUUGUAGCAUAGGACAUACUGGGCCUUUGUGUCAAUUUUGUGAUGAAGAAGGAACAAUUUGGGGAGGACAAUAUCAGUAUACAGGAUAAAAUAAGUGUGAUCUGUGUUCAGGUUAAUCUCUAACUAAAUCACUUGGAAUAGCUUUUUUAAUUUGCUUAGGUCUUAUAAUUUAUUGUGUGAUAAAUAUUUUUACAAUGAUGGCUUCAGGUGAAAAAAUAUCUUAAUCUUAUUAUUUGAGAAGAAUGAAAUUAGCAAGUGUAAGCAAUUCAUGUUAUAAGCAAAUUUAAAUAAAUAUGAGCAUAAAAUCACUAACGAACUUUAUAUAAAUGUUAAAAAUAAUGUCAACUCAAACUCUUCAACUUCCUGUAUCAAUUACAAUCGUUCCUGAUUUAUUUGGUUCUCCCUCUUCUUCUUACGUAUUUUCAACAUCCUGCUUUUUAGCAAAUCUUUAAACAGAUACUUUGAAACCACUUUUCAUCAAACUGAUCUCCAUUUCGAUAUCGCCAUUUAUAUACAUUGCAUCAUUGAUAGUUAUCUACUUAUUUAUUAAUCCAUUUUUAAGAGGCUUUUAAUUUUCAAAAUCUAAAAUAAUCAGCAUAAUAGUCUUUGUUUUCUGGUUUUUGAAACCAAGUGUAGUUUAUACUUUAAUUUAAGGAAUUUCAUGUGUGAAUUUUGAUGGUUAAAAAUAUAUAUAAUUAGAUUAUACAUAUGAGUGUUAUACUGAAACACAUAUAAAAUUUUUAUACUAUCUACUAAUACCUAGCUUGAUAUUUUACAUAAUAAUUGUUCCUGGAAUAAUCUUAAAAAAGAUCUCAAGCAAUAAAAAUAAUUUAGACUAUGCUACUGUAAGAUAGAGAUAUGGCUAUAUUUAUCAAGAUUAUAGUAAAGUAGGCUUUUAUUGGGAGUUUAUAAGAUUUGCUGUUCAGUUGAUUAUAAUUUUCUAUUAAAAUCUAGAAAUUAUAUCUUCAAAUACAAGAUGUCUUCUUAUAAUGGGUGUCCUGAUAGUCUACUACAUUGCAUUAUCUAAAAUAAAACCUUUUAUGAUGAAAAAAUAUUAAAGAGUGGAGGAGUAAAGUACAGUAGUACUUAUAUUUAUUUCAGUAUUAAAUUUAGCACUUGACAAUAAUAGCAGUAGUACACAGACCUUUGCCUUUUAAGUUAUUCUAUAUGUUCCUUAUUAUGUGAAUAUAGGCUAUCUAAUAUAUUUAAUAAUAACGAUAUCACUUAUCCCUUAGCUUUCAAACUGUUACAGAAUAUUCUUAGGAGUGAUAAGUCAAUAAAACAAAUAGACAAACAACUCUUAAUAAAUGCACAAUCAAAUGAUUAAACAAAGAGUUUAAUAUCUUUGGAAAUAAGCUUAUCUAAAGUUAUUUAUCUAUUAAAUGUAUCAAUCAAAGAAAAUAGACUAAAUUAAUGAAGCUUUAGUAAUUUUAGACAAGUAAAGCUCAAUAACUUAGAAAAAAUUUUCCAUAAACUUAGUUAAAAACAUAAGCAGUAAGACAAAAAUAAACUCCUUAUAACCGAGGCCAAGCAAUAUUAAAAGCAAAUUUGGAACAGUUUUUGAAAUUCAAAAUAGUACUUCUAGAAAAGAAUCUAUUUUUUCUAAUGAUAGUUACAUUUUAAGAUAACCUUAAGAUACAAUAGAAAGUGGCAUGCAUAAUCUAAUAUCUAGACCUACAGAAACUUUAGAAUCAGAAUUAAAGAAUAAGAGAAAUCCAUACAAGUAAAAAACUCCCAAAGGUAAACCUGAGGAAUGA